UCAGUAGAUUUGUGUGUACUUUCCUUCUGCAAGUGAAGAAAGAAGUGUUAUCUGGUUUCACUUCUGCACUCAAAUCAUUCAUUAUUUUCUAAAAUCAAAUCCCAAAACAAAACACUCCGAUUUCAGGAUUUGAGAACAAAAUUUUCUGUUUUCAAAACCCCUGAAAACUGAAUCAUCUCCUUUAUUCUCAUCAUCAUCGUCAUCUUCUUCUUCUUCCCCUGAGAACACAGUAGCCUGUUGCUCCUCCACUCGCCGCUCAUCUCCGACCACCGCGAACCCCCCGCAGUCGCUCUUCCAAAGAGAGCUCCGGCAGUGAGUGAAAAGCUUGGGCAGCAGGGUAAUGGCGGACCUAGAAAACUUGCUGUUGGAGGCAGCAGGAAGAACUAGUUCAGGAGGGAGAAACCGACACUCGCAUCCUCCUCCGUCUAGAAGACGGCGUGAGGAUUCAUAUUCUGAUGGGGGAAGUGACUCUAGGGAUGAUGACUCGGAUGAUGAUCGUGGUUAUGCAGGUAGAAAGCCAUCUGGGUCUCAAGUUCCUUUAAAGAAGAGGUUGGACCCUGCCGAAAUGGAUGAUGAUCAGGGUAGCGAGGAAGAAGGGGAUGAUGAUCGUGGUUCUGAUCACGAGGGUGACAGUGAUGAAUCUGAUGUUGGUAGUGAUCUUUACAAGGAUGACGAUGACAGGAGAAAGCUUGCUGAGAUGACUGAGCUUCAACGGGAGAUGAUUUUGUUGGAUAGAGCAUCUAAGAAAGAGGAUAAGAAUUUAAAGGAGAAAUUGAGACCAAAGUGGGACAACAAAGGGAAGAUCCCACAAUCUAGAAAGGAGACUCCUCCUCUAUCAUCAUCUCGAGUACGCUCAUCUGCAAGAUCUGCUGACAGGGCAGCUGCCAAGGAUGACGCUUUGAAUGAGUUACGAGCAAAACGCCUGAAGCAGCAAGACCCAGAGGCUCACCGUAAACUGAGGGAUGCAUCAAGAGGAAGCUCGGGCAAUCGGAAUUUCUUGAACAACAAGAGGAAAUCCUUCACAGCAACAAGUCUGAGUAGCUCUAGUCAGAGUGACAGUGAACGCCAAUCUCGCAGUGAAGAUGAAGGGUCUACAGGGGAUGGUGGAAUGAUUGACAGUGAUGAUGAGAGGGGAAUGCCAGGAUCAGAGGGGGUAACUUUUGAAGAUAUAAAGGAAAUCACGAUUCGGAGAUCCAAACUUGCGAAAUGGUUUAUGGAGCCAUUUUUUGAGGAGUUAAUUGUAGGUUGCUUUGUGAGGGUUGGUAUUGGGAGGUCAAAGGCUGGGCCAAUAUACAGACUUUGCAUGGUUAGGAAUGUUGAUGCAACAGAUCCUGAUAGACAGUACAAAUUGGAGAAUAAAAACACUCAUAAGUAUCUCAAUUGCGUUUGGGGAAAUGAAAACUCUGCAGCCAGGUGGCAGAUGGCAAUGGUUUCUGACUCUGGUCCGAUUGAGGAGGAAUUUAAGCAUUGGGUCAGGGAGGUGGAAAGAAGUGGUGGUCGGAUGCCGACCAAGCAGGAUUUGUUGGAAAAGAAGGAAGCUAUAAAAAAGAUCAACACUUUUGUGUACUCUGCAGCUACUGUGAAGCAAAUGUUACAGGAGAAAAAAUCUGCUUCAUCACGGCCAUUAAACGUUGCGCUAGAGAAGGAUAGAUUGAGAAGGGAGUUGGAAGUUGCACAAAGCAAGAAUGAUGAGAUAGAGGUGGAAAGGAUCAAGACAAGACUGGUGGAAUUAGAAGCAUCCCGAAAAGUAAAGGAGAGUGAUGCUAAGGCUAUUAGGCUAGCCGAGAUGAAUAGGAAGAACAGAGUUGAGAAUUUUAAAAAUGCAUCCGAACUCAAGCCUAUUAAUCAAUCUUUGAAAGCUGGGGAGGCUGGUUAUGAUCCUUUUUCAAGAAGAUGGACCAGGUCAAGAAAUUAUUAUGUAUCGAAUCCUGGUGAGGCGAAAGGGGAAGAAGCAGAAGCAAUUCCCAUUAAUAAUGGGGUACCUAUAGUUACAGCAAGUAAUGGGCGAGGUGGCAUAGUAGUACCAGCAGAAUUUGGAUUGGAAGCUACUGCAGCAGCCUUGGAAGCUGCAGCAGAUGCUGGCAAGUUGGUUGAUACGCUUGCGCCUGUGGAUCAGGGGACAGUGACAAACGUGCUGCACAAUUUCGAGCUGCCAAUCUCACUGGCUGUGCUUCAGAAGUUCGGUGGACCACAAGGUGCUCAGGUAGGAUUCAUGGCAAGAAAGCAGAGAAUAGAAUCAACAGUUGGAUGUCAAGUCCCCGAGAACGAUGGACGGAGACAUGUGCUGACGUUGACAGUCAGCGACUACAAGAGAAGAAGAGGGCUUCUUUGAAAUUGAAAGGGAAUGAAUGCUGCAACGUAAGCAAUAUCUUCUGAAUCCAUUAAAUGCAUAGAGCUAGUUGAAGCUUUAAAGGUGAAAAAAUAUAAGGGCUGCGGGGGUUCAAAGCUGCAACACUAUUGGUAGGUCUUUUAUACAAGUCUCACACUCAUACCAGGUAUAUUAUAUUUUAGCCUUUGUGGGAAUCCAUUAUGUGUCAUUGUCGAAACAUACUAUAUUUCUAUCUAUAUUUCUCUGUGUGUAAUUUAACUUAGCUAGAAAGAGGUGGUGCCAAAUCUUCUCCAUAGCCUCAAGUGAGUCAACAUCAACCCUUCCUUGUUUAUUUGAUCUUUUUGUCUCUUUUCUUGUAUUAUUUGACAAAUCUUGGAGCUGCAUUAUGGUAUGAUGAUAUUCAUGGUGCUAUGUUUUCACAAUAAAAAAGAAAGUCCUUUGCAUUAGUA